ACACAAUUUCACUAUUGUUCUCCGGAGUAGGUACGAAAAGCAUUAAAAAAAUUGGCAACUCGGAUCCUAAAUUAUAUUUAUACUUAACCGUGCGCGUUAAAUCGGCGUAAAUUCUAUAAACACUAAAUUCUAAAAAAGAGGAUCACCAUGGGUCUAUUGGAGCUGUACCAUUAUCUUAAUACGGAAUUUGCUGACAAGAGGACGAACGACUGGUUUCUUGUAAGUUCUCCUGUACCGAUUGUACUCAUCUUGUUUUCGUACACAUACUUCGUUCUACGAUGCGGCCCAAAAUUCAUGGCAAACAAGCAACCAUACGGCUUGCACCAAUUGGUUAGAGUCUAUAACCUAAUUCAAAUCAUAUUAAACGCUACCAUAAUCUACCUUAUAGUGGAUUCUGGAUGGAUCGAGGACUUUUUUAUAUAUUGCGUUCCACCCAAUUAUGACCCAACUCCGCAAGGACUCAAGAUAUGUGCAAUAUCAUAUUAUGGAUUUGUCAUAAGAGUCUUUGAUUUAUUCGAGACGAUCGUCUUCGUACUGAGAAAGAAGAACCGACAAGUUUCGUUCUUGCACUUGUAUCACCAUAUUACGACGGUCAUCGUUACUUGGUUGAACGUUAAAUAUGUGUCCACUGGCAUGUCGCUCACGAUUGGUAUUGUCAAUUCUACGAUACACGUGAUAAUGUACACAUAUUAUUUAUUAUCAACCUAUGGACCGAGCGUACAACGAAAGCUUCAGCCACUAAAACCAAUGAUUACCAUAGCGCAAAUGGUACAAUUCGUUUUCCUGAUAUUGUACAUGCUACAAACUUUAAGACCCACCUGUCGUGGAUUACUAAUACCAGCCAGCGUAAUGUUCGUGAACGUAUGGAUCAACUUGAUCUUGUUUUAUAACUUUUACAGGAAGAAUUAUACUGCGAAGAAAAGUAAAGCAAAAUAACAUUUGAGAAUUAGAAACACAUUCUGUAAGAUUUACAUUAAAAUUCGAAAGAAUACCAGCAGGGUCAGGGGAUAGAAUUUCACCCCCUUGUCUAAUUCCAUCCCCUACUCUAUCUAUUGUAUUAAAUGCUGCAGUCUGGCGAGAAUCGUGUAAACCUAUGCUAAAUAUAGUUUUAAUAAGCUGACAAAAUAAACAAAUGCAUUCG